AUGGAGAUGCUGGGGAGGUGCGAGAAGGCGGCGAAGGCCUCCAAGAAGAAGAAACGCUCCAAGGCCAAAGCCGAGAGGGAAGCAUCCCCUGCGGACCUUCCCAUUGACCUGAACGAGCCCACGUACUGUCUGUGCAAUCAGGUCUCCUAUGGAGAGAUGAUCGGCUGUGACAAUGACGAGUGCCCCAUCGAGUGGUUCCACUUCUCCUGCGUGGGGCUGAACCAUAAACCCAAGGGCAAGUGGUACUGCCCCAAAUAUUGAGGGGAGAACGAGAAGACCAUGGACAAGGUCCUGGAGAAGUCCAAAAAGGAGUGGGCCUACAACAGCUAGUGGCGGGCCUGGCUGGACCGAGGCGAGCAGGGCGAGCUGUGUAUUUACUGCAUCGCCACCUGGACGGGCGCAGGGACUGCACGUGUAGCCUUCUGAAGACUGUUGGAUGAGGAGCUGUUCCUCUCGUGGGAUGACCAGGGUUCUCUUUGCUUCUCCAUUGGUGCACGUGUGUAACGAGAGAGUGGUCUAUGGAUCAGCAUUUUAGAAACUGCAAAUAUAGUUUUGAAUUAAAAAAACAAACAAACAAACAAACAAUAAA